AUGCAUUACGAUCUUCCCUUCUACAUUCUAUCCUUCCUUCUUCUAGACCCUCCUUCCACUCUAGCACGCCCUGGCGACCUUUUGUUCCGUCCCGGUAGUUGGUUUUCAUCGCCCACACCUCCACUUGAGAAACGAUACGAUACCUUUGAUGUCAACCCCAAUGGCUCGACCUUUCUCUGGAUUCUUGAGGACGACUAUUCAGGGUCAACCUUUUUCGACCGUUUUAGCUUCUAUGACGGUGACGACCCUACCCAUGGAACGGUAAACUACGUCAAUUCCAGCGAGGCGUUCUCCAAGGGCCUCGCAUACGUUCAGGAUAAUGGAAUUGUGGUUAUGAAGGGAGACAACACGACAUGGCUGGACGAUGGCGUGUAUAGAGACAGUGUUCGUAUUUCGAGCUAUGCCCAAUACAACACCGGUCUUUUCAUCCUGGAUCUUAACCAGGCUCCAUGGGGCUGCGGAGUUUGGCCUGCGUUUUGGACGCUUGGGGGCGGAACAUGGCCUUAUACGGGCGAAAUCGAUAUUAUUGAAGGUGUACAUGACAAUCAGCACAACCAAGUUACUUGGCAUACCGGACCAGGCUGUUAUCUCAAUCCUAAUGCUUCUUUUACCGGCACAGUUGCGCAAACAAACGGCGCCAAUAACACCGACUGCGAUGGUAAUGCCAAUUCCAACUCUGGGUGCGCCAUAUCGGAGUGGAGUCGCGCGUCGUACGGACCAUAUUUUGAUGCCCAGGGCGGCGGUAUCUUUGCUAUGAAAUGGGAUGAAAAUGGAAUAUCCGUUUAUUCAUUCUAUCGAGCGGCCAUUCCGGGUGACAUUAAUGACGGAAGCCCCAAUCCGUCAAAUUGGGGUGUUCCAGUCGCAUCAUUGGAUCCAGACGACUGCAAUCCAUUGGAGUUCUUUGUCAAUCACUCUAUAAUAUUUGACAUUACAUUUUGUGGUGACUGGGCUGGCAAUUCGUAUGCCACGUCGGGCUGUCCAGGCUCAUGCUCGGACCGUCUACAAGACCCAUCCAACUUUGUCAACGCUUCAUGGAGCAUCAAUUCGUUGAAGGUUUACCGCAAGCAGAUAUUGAACGGCCAGGUGUCUGCAGCCACUCCAUCGCCUAUUCCACGCGACUCACUGACACUGGGACUGACCUAUCUACUGAUAUUUGUUGGGAUUCUUAUGUCCUUGUAG